GACCUGGACUUUAGAGCGCUGGCGUCAGAGGCUCCAUCCAGCUGCGCUUCCCGAGCUCCCACGGGAGCGCUGGGGGCCACGCUGGGGGCGCAGGCCAGGCGGCGGCGGACGCGGGAACGGGGCGCAGCAUGUUGGCGGCGGUGGGGAGCCUCUUGCGCCCCGGCUUGGGGCCCAUCCGGCGCUGCGCCCCGGGGGCGCGUCCGGCAGUUGCGCGGGGCGCGCUGGCACCUCUCGGUGCCCCGGCCGCACCCCGAUACAACAGCGGCUCUGGGCCCCAGAGUCCGGGGAAGGUUCAUCGGGUCCCCGCCGAACUCAAGCCUUCACAGUUCGACAAAAAAAUUCUGCUAUGGACUGGACGUUUCAAAGCCAUGGAAGACAUCCCGCCCCGGGUCCCACCAGAAAUGAUAGAUGCUGCAAGAAACAAAGCUCGAGUGAAAGCUUGUUACAUAAUGAUUGGACUCACCAUUAUUGCCUGCUUUGCAGUGAUAGCAUCAGCCAAAAGGGCUGUAGAACGACAUGAAUCCUUAACAAGCUGGAACCUGGCAAAGAAAGCUAAGUGGCGUGAAGAAGCUGCGUUGGCUGCACAGACUAAGGCUAAAUGAUAUUCUAAGUGGCAAAGAGUUCAUCAGAAUACCAUCACUAUUCUCAGCAACAAUAACACAUUUGCAAAAGAGAAUAUUUAACAUUGUUUUGCGAUGGUUUAAUUUGGUAAAAAGUAGUUUAAUCUUUUUUUGCUAUUUAGUAAACUUUAUUUUGAGGUAUAACAUACUUUCAGAAAAGGACACACGAAUAUACACUGCUUGAUGGUGUGUGUGGAACCACUGGCUAGGUCAAGCAUUGUAAUAGCUUAUUAGAAUAACAGCAGUACUCUCGAAACAUCCUUGCAGCCUUCACUGUUAACACUAUCCAAAAGGUGACCAUAGUUCUGAGUUUUAUCACUAUAUUCUGCCUGUUUCUAAGACACUGCUUUAUAUAAAUGAAACUAUGCAAAAUGUGCUUGUGUGGAUUCUUUCUCUCAACACGUUGCUGAAAAUGUUGUUCAUUUUCACUGCAAAAGAUGAUUCUUUUGCAUGGCUAUAUCACAACUAAUCAGAAUAUUUAGCUCAGUUUUAGCGAUUAAUGACAAUGCAAAAUAGCACUCUGUGCAUGUCAUUAAAACUAUAUUGAAAUGAAACCAGAAAGAUAAUACAGCAAGUAAAGUUCUUGCUUUGCAUGCAACCAGCCUGGGUUUUAUUCCUGUCACCUCAUAUGGAGUGAUCCUUGAGCACAAAGCCAGGAGUAAGCCCUGAGCACAGAUGGAUAUGGUUCUAAAACAACAAUAUAAUAAGGAAGGCUGAACUAAAUCACUAAGGCCUCUAAUUUUAACCACAAUUAUGUUAACCAAAUAUGCAAUAUUUGGUAAAUGGAUAUUUACCAGAGUAAAUACUGCAACCAGAGUAUGAAAAGUCUUAUAAAGCAAGAAUUACUAACUUAAAAAUCUACUGUAAAAUGCUAAAAGUACUAAAAUAAUAAUUUGUAAAGCAAUUUUUAAAAGAAUAUUAAAUAUUAAAGAAAAUGGUUUAACGCUUUCAAAACAUGUUUGCAUCCAAAAACAGUUCUAAAUGAUCUCUUCUUGCAUUUUUGAUAUCUAUAAUUUUUAAUCAAUAAUAUAGGUAAUUGGGAAGAUAUACUUUUUAUCAUAAAUGUAAAACUACAUAUUAACUCAACACUUUAUAAUUUUGAUAAAAGCCAGCCUCCCUAUUAAAUGAGUUGUCAAACUUGAUUAUUUGUUAGUGUGAUUUGAAAAUGAAAAUGUUAAUGUGUGUUCCUGUGAUGCUAAUCUCCCCUCUGAAUUAAACUCUAAAAUUCAUCAAGAAAGCAUGAAGCAGCUUCCCAAUCAACCUAGAUAUUGGCCAUUUGGACAUUUUAUG